AGAUGUCGUGUUGAACGGAACGCACGGUGACCUAUCGUGCACCUUCGCAUGGUCCAUGGUUCGCAUGAAUUUUCGUGGGUCCCGGAAGAAAUGUGUCGAACGGCGAGGAUUUUUCGGUCGUCUCGUUAGCGCGAUCGUGUCGUUGAUGCAGCCGCGCACCAGCUUCUUGCCGUAUUACGCGAGAUCGCAAGUCCGCGGGGGGUGCGCGGAGCGGUAGCCGGCAGUUUUCGCGCGUACCGGCUUGCCUCGAGGCCGCGCGAUGAGUCCUCCAUGUAACCCGCUGUAACCACGUGCUUGAAAAUCCUGUCGGCCGUUACGUGGCCGAGUCGCGUAAGUAUCCCGCCGCAACGUGGGUCCGGUGCGUUCCUCGAUACUCGCCUCGCGAAAUCGAUGCUCGCCGUCGGGAGCGGAUCGUUGUAAUUGCGAAUACACGAUUCUUUUCAGAAAACGUGAUAGAUCGCCGAAAAAUUCCGUCACGUCGGGAUAAAGGUAUGCCGAGAUGACGGAAUUCGUGGACGGCUGGUUUCUGGGACAUACCCUUGGCGAGGGAGCCUAUGAGUCAAGCUAGUCAUAAACAAAUCUACCAGAGAAGCAGUUGCCAUGAAAAUGGUCGACACAGAGAAACACCCGGAUUCAAGGCAAACGGUUCGCAAGGAGACCGCUAUUCAUCGUAUGCUGUCGAAUCCCAAUAUCAUACAAUAUUUCGGAAAGCGUAGCGAGUCUAACAUAGAGUAUAUAUUUUUGGAGUAUGCUUCGGGUGGAGAGAUGUUUGAUAGGAUUGAACCAGACAUCGGUAUGCCAUCAUUGAACGCCCAAAAGUAUUUCAGACAACUGAUUUCCGGAGUAGAGUACCUGCACAGUCGUGGCGUUGCGCACAGAGACCUCAAGCCCGAGAACUUGCUUCUCGACGAUAAUGACAAUUUAAAGAUAAGUGAUUUCGGAUUGGCGACGAUAUACCGGAUGCAGGGCAAAGAACGUUUGUUAGAAAAGAAAUGCGGAACACUGCCAUACGUUGCACCAGAAGUACUAGUGAGAGCGUAUCAUGCGGAACCUGCGGACGUGUGGUCUUGCGGGAUCAUACUUGUGGCUCUGCUAGCUGGAGAACUGCCAUGGGAUCAACCCUUGGCAGAAUGUCCCGAGUACAAGGAAUGGAAUGGCGGCAAAUACAUGUCGCUUACACCGUGGAGAAAGCUGGAUAACACGUCGUUAUCGUUGAUCAGGAAGAUUCUUACGAAUACAUCGUCGGCGAGAUAUAAAAUAUCGGAUAUCAAGCAACACAGGUGGUUUGUCACGAGCUUUACUAAAGGCGAUCAGUUGGACGGACGAAAUACCGUGAAUCCGGCAUAUGCAGAGGAUGAGAAUUUAAGAAACGUUUGCUUGUCACAACCAGAAUUCCCGGGAGGAGAAAGUAACGACGCGAUUGAAUUCAAUCUGGACGGACGUCCGGCAUUCUCAUUUUCCCAGCCGGCUCACGUGGAAGAUCUCUUGCUGUGUACACAGUUACAAACCUUAACGCAACCCAGUCAGCAAAGUUCUUUCCAGAGAUUAGUCCGCCGAAUGACUAGAUUCUUUGUCAAGAUAGGGUGUGAAGACAUUAUAAAGAGGCUAAUAAGAUACUGUGAGAAAGAGAAUUAUGCUUACCGUGCUAAUGAGUUUGGCGUGCUUACAGUACAGACAAUAGACCGGCGAAAGAUGUUGCUCGUCUUCAAAGUAAACUUUAUCGAGAUGGAUGGAAAUGUACUGGCAGACUUCCGCUUGUCUAAAGGCUGCGGUUUAGAGUUCAAGAGAGCAUUUAUCAAAAUCAGAUACGCAAUGGAAGAUGUUAUUUUGAGGAGUUCUACGAUAUACUCCAAGAAUUGACAAGCUGAAGCUGAAUAAUUGUUACUUGAUGAUCAUAGGAAUGGAGAUAAUUGUAAUUUUAAUAUAAAGUUUAUAUUUUUAUUGCGCAUACAAACGUCAAUUUUUUUAUAAUAAAACAAUAUUUUCGUACAAAUUUUUUCUAUCUUUCGUAUCGCAUGUCUCGAAAGUAUCCAAAAAAA